AUGGCUGCCAACAAGCCCUUCUACACAUAUGCUCUUCUUAUUCUUAUGAUUCUUGCCUUUGAAACUUUCACUUCGGUGGGAAGGACUUUGGUUGAAGACAAGACCAAGGCAUUUGGAAUCAAUGAUCAGUGCCUUCUUAAUGCAGUAAUUGGCCCUAGCUAUCUUGUUGGAGGCACUUUUGUUGUGCAAAGUAGUCCUUGUGAUGUUUAUGCUUUGUUAAUAGGCAAAGCCAUAAGCUAUCCACUGUUUGAGUUCCUUCUGAUUAACACACGAAAGGGCCUGAUGCAGAUAAGCUCACAUCUCUCUUACAUGGGCUGCUGGAAAACCCCAAAGUGCGAAUUGGGCGUGGUUGGAUCCGGUACAGCAAGUAUUUUCCAUGACAUAUUGCAGUUACCUGACCAAUCUCUUGAAAUUGCAUUUUCUCCUUCAAAAGCAAAAGGCGGAGUAUUGGCUUUGGAGCUCCCAAAGUAUGGCCACAAGAAUUGUACAGUUUUAUAUCCUGCAUCUGUGAAGGCUGGCAAUGAAAUUGAAGAAGGCCUGUCUGGUCGAGGAUUUGAGGUACCUAUUCAAGAUGUAGACCAGCUGGUUCUAAAACAAGCUCUUUCUGCUCCAGUUGUUGCAGUAGCCUCUCCUUCUGCAGUGCGAGCCUGGAUUUAUCUCAUCUCAAAAUUGGAGAAUUGGGACAACUCUGUUGCUUGCAUUGGUGAGACAACUGCUUUGGUUGCAAAGAGUUUAGGCCUCAAGAAUGUAUAUUAUCCAACAAACCCAGGUUUUGAAGGGUGGGUUGACAGCAUCCUUGAAGCUCUAAGAAUUCACAACGAACUCCAAAAGGUUCGACUGGAACUGAAGACUCUAACAUUAAAGAUAAUUGCAGCAAAAGACAUUCUUGGAUCAAGCAAGCCUAGAUAUCAUCGUUGCUGUGAUAACCCUAGCAAUAUCUUAUACAUGUAGAGAUUCCCAUCGCAAUUCAUUAUUGAAUGCAACCGGAUGGAAUAACUUCUUCGAAGGUCAACAACAAUGUAAAGGUGGUCAUAAGAUCAUGGAGGACCAAGAAUCUACUGUACAUGGUAAAAUAUGAAGGUGAUAAUAUACUAAGUAGAUACUUUCUUUGUAUAUUAUAUUAACUUGUACAAACACAGUAUUGAGAAGGGGAAUUUCAGAGUGUAGAUCUAUAAUGUCUGGAAAUUCAUGUUCUUUUUGCUUUUA